AUGCGAUACCACCAAUUUGACAGUGUCGACACCAUACCAAAGCUAAAAAGGUAUCACAUCAAACAUAAACGAUUUGUCGCGAUGUCAUUAAAUUGAGCGAGAGCCAAAAAGUGUAUUGUAAACGAAUCGGUGAUAAAAAAAAAUCAAUUUUCGCAUAAAGUACGUGGGAAUAAAACUAAAAUCCAACAGAAAUUAGGUGAUAAAACAGAAAAAACGACGAGUACAAUGGCUUUAAUCUGUGCGAUUACAAAUGAAGUGCCUGAACAGCCGGUUGUGUCACCAGUAUCGGGCGCGAUUUUCGAGCGCCGCAUCAUUGAGAAAUAUCUCUUGGAGAAUGGCGUCGAUCCGAUUACGGGCAAAGAGUUGAAAGCCGAAGAAUUGAUUGAAGUUAAGGUACCGGCUAUUGUACGACCCAAACCACCGAGCGCAACCAGUAUUCCGGCCGCAUUGAAAACAAUGCAAGACGAAUGGGAUGCAUUAAUGUUGCACACAUUUUCACAGCGUCAACAAUUGCAAACCGCUCGACAAGAGCUAAGCCAUGCAUUGUAUCAGCAUGAUGCUGCAUGCCGUGUCAUUGCCCGUUUGAAUAAGGAAGUGGCGGCGGCUCGUGAAGCGUUGGCCACACUGAAACCACAAGCCGGUAUUUUGACAUCGACUGGAGCUAAUCAACAGGCAAUGGACGUUGAUACAGUAUCGUAUACCACACAACCGGUCGAACAGACUGGUAUGACACCCGAAAUUAUUGAGAAAUUACAAGAAAAGGCCACCGUAUUGACAGAAGAGCGUAGAAACCGUGGUCGCACAUUGCCCAAGGAUCUUGUCGUUCCCGACCAAAUUAAAAACUUCAAAAUUUUGGCAUCCCAUCCGGGUCUCCAUUCAGCCAGUGUACCUGGUAUUUUAGCUCUCGACGUUUGCAGUUUCAACGAUAACAAGAUUUUGACCGGUGGAAAUGACAAAAACGCUACCGUUUUCAACAAAGACACACAACAAAUUGUUUCGGUUUUGAAAGGUCACACGAAAAAAGUUACCAAAGUCAUUUACCAUCCGGAACGUCGUGAAGAAUGGGAAACGGUCAUCACUGCAUCGCCGGAUCAAACAAUCCGUAUUUGGAAUGUUCCAACGUCUCAAACCAAAUUCCUAUUGAGCUGUCACUCUGGCCCAGUUACAGGUUUAUCGUUGCAUCCAACCGGCGAUUAUUUGCUAUCGACUUCAUCAGACAAACAUUGGGCAUUCUCUGACAUAAAAACAGGCCGUUUGGUCACCAAAGUCAUGGAUAUCAAUGAGGUGGGCUUGACAACGGCCCAAUUCCAUCCGGAUGGUUUGAUUUUUGGCACGGGUACCGAAGAUUCACAAGUGAAAAUUUGGGAUGUCAAAGAGCAAAGUAAUGUUGCCAAUUUCCCCGGUCACACCGGACCCAUUUCGGCAAUUUCAUUCUCCGAAAACGGUUACUACUUGGCCACGGCCGCUGAUGAUGCCUGCGUUAAACUGUGGGAUUUGCGAAAACUCAAAAACAUUCGCACCAUUCAAUUGGACGAUGGCUACGAAGUUAAAGAUCUAUGCUUCGAUCACAGUGGUACUUACUUGGCUAUCGCCGGUACAGACGUUAGAAUUUAUUUGUGCAAACAAUGGCAAGAAUUGUGUGUGUUCAAUGAUCAUACAUCAUCAGCAACUGGCGUUCGGUUUGGUGCCAAUGCAGACUAUUUGGCGUCCACAAGUAUGGAUCGUACAGUUAAAUUCUACGGUUUAGACAAGAAGUAAUUUUUAAGCGAUUUUCCCAUAAAACACAACAAACAACAAUUCUUUUUUUAGAUUUUAGCUAUCAAUUUUCAAAAGAAAAAACAAAAACCACACACAAAUCAAACACAAAACUUGAUAUUUUGUGUUCAAUUAUGGCGCAUCCAUGUAUAAUUUAAGCGAAAUAAACCGACCGAGAGUUUCUCAUCGGAAAUUGAAUUUAAAAUGAAAAAAAAAAAAACAAAACAAAUAAAAUCAAAUCGAAAUUUCAAAACCACAACAUUGUAUUCCGUUGACAUCUUGCAAAUUUAUUGUAAUGCAUGUGAAUGUUUAUUGGUCAAUAAUAAAUAACAACAAAUUUUAAAAAUA